CGUGUCGCCGUUUUGUUCGAUCGGCGAGCUGCCGUACGAGCACCCGCGGAUGAUUGGCGAUGACGACGAGUACGACAGACCGUUGACGCUGUUGGAGCGUUUGAAACUGUACGGCAUGGGUUUGAUCCGACCCGAGGGUCGUACGAAGUGGGAUCUCUUCAUCUUGGUGCUGCUGCUGUGGGUGCUUUUCGCCUCGCCGGUCAUCAUCUGCUUCGGACUCUCGGGUGAUGCCUUCCGCGGUGACUGGGUGGACAUUGUGGAGCUGGCGGUGGACCUGGUGUUCGCUGCGGACAUAUACCUCAACUUCAGGACCGCCUACUACGACAGCAAGGGGCACCUGGUGACCGCCCGCUGGCGCAUCGCGCGGCACUACCUGCAGACCUGGUUCCUGCUGGACCUCAUCUGCGUCAUCCCCUACGACCUCAUCACGGCGGGCACCAUGGGCUUCCUGUCCAUGCUCAAGCUGCUCCGCGUGAUGCGAGUGGGCAAGGUGCUCCGCAUGAUCCGCAUGUACCGGCUGCUGCGGGUCAUACGACUGCCGCGCAUCCUGGAGCGCAUGGAGAUGUUCAUUGACAGGGGGGCGCUGCAGGUGAUGGCGUUCGUGAUGUCGGUGGGUCUGCUGGCGCACCUGUCCGCCUGCAUCUUCUUCUACAUGGCGUACCUGGACGGGCUGGGGCCGCACACAUGGGUGGCGGCGUACGGGGUGGCGGAGGCGGACCUGGCCACCCAGUACCUCACCUCGCUCUACUGGGCCUUCACCACCACCGCCACGGUGGGGUACGGUGACAUCACUCCCAAGACGGACAAGGAAAAGAUCCUGGCCAUCUUCGUGAUGUGUCUGGGUGUGUCGCUGGUGGGCUACGUCACCUCCUCCAUCACCAACAUAAUGGCCAUCAAGAACGCGCAGCAGACAGCCAUUGCAAACAAGAAACAGCUGGUAAUGGAUGUGCUCAAGUCGCGCUCCGUGCCCUCCGAGCUCAGCCGCCGAGUGUACAACUUCUUCGACUACGUGUCCAGCAAGAUGAUCAAGCGCGAGGAGGCUGCGCUGCUGUCGGAGCUGCCCUUCAAGCUGCGCUCGCGCAUGCUGGCGGCCUUCCACGCCGACCUGCUGUCUCGGGUGCCGGGCAUCAGCCGCCUGCCGCCGCACGUGCUGAUAGAGCUGGUGUCGCAGCUGAAGCCGGCGUACUUUGUGGAGGGUGACAUCGUGGCCAUGCAGGGGGACUAUGUGGACGGGCUGUACAUCGUGUCGGAGGGGCUGCUGGAGGUUCGCACCUACAUGUUCCCGGCCGACGUGGAGCCCUGGCGCAUCUUUGAGGCGGUGCACAAGGACGAGCUGAGGCACAUGCCCUACUCGGUCGAGGGCCGCCUGAAGCCGCGCUGCCUGUUCGGCCAGGCGGGUGUGCUGCACGGGGGGGUGUGGCCCGCCACCGUCAUUGCGCGCAACUGCUGCGAGCUGUACGGGCUGGGGCGGGAGGGGCUGGAGCACCUGCUGGCGCUGCAGCCGGAGCUGGCGGACCUGCUGGGGCUGAGCAGCAGCCCGCUGCCGGCCUGCACCGCCCACGCCGCCUCCCUCUCCGCCCCCGGCUCCAACCCGCUGCUCCCCCCCACCGACCGCUCGGUGCUGCUGGCCGACUUCCCCGUCAUGGACCCCGCCCCGCGCCGCGGCCUCAUGACCACCAUGUGGAGGUCCGUGGGACACAUGCUGACGGGCGGACUGGCGCGAGCCUCCGCAGCCAACUACCCGCACAUGCCGGGGGCGGCCUCGUCCACCGCAUCGGGGUCGGUGCACUUCCCGCUGCCCCCCAUGCCGUCCGCCUCGAAGCAGCAGCAGCAGCCGCCGGG